AUGGUCGAGGGAUGGGAUGGGGAUAUGGAGAAAACCUAUGGUGCUGGAAAUAGAGAAAAAGGGGUUGAGAGGAAGAGACAUUCGGACUGUCCCACAAGCUUUACCAGCUUUAUUUACUUAGGUGCAGACGCGCUUUUUUCCGUGUGGUGGGCUAUGCCCAAUGACGAUGAUGCCUUUGGUGACUUCCCAUCAUGCUGUAACAGUGGAACUCCUAUCAUGCUCGACAAUAACCACAACAACAACGAUGAUAACAACACUGGGGUAGGAUACUAUUUCAUGGAGAGUGACCACCACCGCAACAGUAACAACAACAAUGGAAGCUCCUCUUCCUCUUCCGCUGUCAAGGCCAAGAUCAUGGCUCAUCCUCACUAUCACCGUCUCUUGGCAGCUUACGUCAAUUGUCAGAAGGUUGGAGCCCCGCCUGAAGUGGUGGCAAGGUUGGAAGAAGCAUGUGCUUCUGCGGUGACAAUAGCAGGAGAUGCAUCUGGAUCGAGUUGCAUAGGUGAAGAUCCAGCUUUGGAUCAGUUCAUGGAAGCCUACUGUGAGAUGCUGACCAAGUACGAGCAAGAACUCUCCAAACCUUUAAAGGAAGCCAUGCUCUUCCUUCAAAGGAUCGAGUGCCAGUUCAAAAAUCUUACAAUUUCUUCCUCCGACUUUGCGUGUAAUGAGGGUGCUGAUAGGAAUGGAUCAUCUGAAGAGGAUGUUGAUCUGCAGAGCAUGAUAGAUCCCCAGGCAGAGGACAGGGAAUUAAAGGGUCAGCUUCUGCGCAAGUACAGUGGAUACUUGGGCAGUCUGAAGCAGGAGUUCAUGAAAAAGAGGAAGAAGGGAAAGCUACCUAAAGAAGCAAGACAACAGUUGUUGGAAUGGUGGAGCAGACAUUACAAAUGGCCGUACCCAUCUGAAUCACAGAAGCUGGCUCUUGCAGAAUCUACAGGUCUGGAUCAGAAGCAAAUCAACAACUGGUUUAUUAAUCAAAGGAAACGGCACUGGAAGCCUUCAGAGGACAUGCAGUUUGUGGUGAUGGAUCCAAGCCAUCCACACUACUACAUGGAUACUGUUCUGGCCAAUCCAUUUCCCAUGGACCUCUCCCAUCCCAUGCUCUAG